UUUCUGGACGAAAAUGCAGAUGGAGCCUCGUUUUACAACAGCAACAUCGGCGUCGGUGCUAUGCUCAACCCAAACAAGUCAGAAUUGAUUCUCGAUGUUCUGUGCUACAUCGACGCUUUCCAGCGGCCUCACUUCAGCCACAAAUGUCUUUAUGCCAGAGAUGACAAGUAA